AAAAAUACGACCAGCUGUUGCAUGUCAAAUUCAAAUAUAUUUUUUGAUUUAAAUAUUACCGUUUUAUAAAUAUGAGCUUGAAGAUAUGAAACAUUGAAAAUUAAUAAACAAAAAGUGAAAUUUAUAAAGGUUUUUUCUACUUUGUUUGGCAGUUGGUGACACCGAUUCGAAGAAAUCGGGGGACGCUGCAACAGUUGCUACUGUGGAUCAACAAGUUAUUGAAGAAUGGCAGAUGUAUUUAAAAGAGAAGACGCCCGUUCUUUAUUGAAUGGAAAACACAUCUUGUUUAUCGGAGAUUCAAAUAUUCGUGCUCUGUACAAGGAUGUUUUAUGGCUUUAUAAAAAGAAUUCUCUUAUUGAUCUUGGUUGCCUAAAAAGACGGGUAAGUAAACUUGAAAACAGUUUUCUUGGAGACAGGCUAAUUGCACGUAGUGAAUUAACUAGAGGGCGUGACUUUACAGAACAUCGGAUAUUUGAGGAUGGUAAAACUACUUUUGAAUUUCUGUUUGUCACAAGGUGCUAUUGUGAUAAUAUUUUAAAAAUGAUUAAUGACAUCAAAAUCGGUGCUAAACAUUGUCCUGAUGUAAUCUUAAUGAAUUCAUGCUUAUGGGAUGUUUCAAGGUGGGGUCCUAAUGGGGUUAGUGAGUACAAAUCUAACAUGGAUAAGUUGAUGAAGCUGCUUACAUCUUCUCUUCCUAAACAUGUUCUGUUCAUCUGGGCAACUGCGCUUCCUAUUGCAGCUGUUACUUACGGCGGUCUCAUCAUCAAACAGAUUGAAUUUAUACAAGCCAUGCUUAGAAUUCAUGUAAUCGAAGCAAACUCAUUCACUGCAUCCUUGGUCGCUUCUUAUGGAUAUGAUGUUCUUGACUUUCACCAUUACAUGCGUUACCAGAUUAUGAGGAGAUCAGCUGAUGGUAUUCAUUUCUUGCCAGCUGCAAUGAGAUAUUUAACUAAUUUACUUCUUACACAUAUUGCAUUAUCUUGGGAUGUUAAACUUCCUGGAAAUUUAAAAAAUUGGAAGAUGUCAUUAGCAUCUAAUAUUGAAAACGCCAUUAAUUCAUCGGCUAAUCAUGAAGUGAAGCAGAUGUUUAGAAAAAUUGAACUCAUUGCUAACAAAAUAGAUAAAUUCAGUGCAGAUACACCUAGUAAAAGAAAACAGCGGAAGAAGAAAAUACAAAACAUAAGAGUAACACAUUACGAAAAACCAUCUGAAGAAGUGAAACAUGAUAAAGUACAGAAGGAAAGAAUAUAUAUGAAAACGCCGCCAAAUUACCACAAGGCACCACCAGUUCUUAUGAGAACAGUUAGCGAUAUUCAAAAUAAUAAUGUUGUUGGUCAAACCGACUGCAGCAAUGAUUUACCUUCUUCUAGCAAUCAUCUUGGUCCUAAUAUCCUGAUCACGAAACAGUGCGAUAUCAGCAAUGUGAAUAAUGAUGUCACAUUACCCGAGAAGGAUUUCCGCCUCAUUGGGUUUGAAGAUUUUAACCAAAGCAUUACCUUACCGGAUGCAUUUGAUAUCCCACCUGCUUAUGUACAACCCUGCAAUAGAAGAUAUGAUUAUGUUCCUCCUCUUCCUAAUGAUAUUAUAUAUGAUAAUAUACCUCAUCCUGCUUAUACAGGAUCUUAUAAUUAUGACCAAAGGCGUUAUCCCGCAGUGUUGCAAAGUGUAGUAAAGAUUCCUUCUUACUAUCAUCAAAAUUUUGCAAAACCUGCGUAUAAUUACUAUGAUAGAUUUUCUGAUCGUCGCAACCAUCCUUACAAAACUUAUCACGAUGAUAGGAUGGUUCGUAGAUAUGAUGAUCCAUUUCAAAAUAAUAAUCCUGGUCCGAUGCGACAAAGGAGGAAACGAAAGUAUAAAUAUCGCAGAUAAUCAUUUACUGUUCUAUUUAGAAAACUGGCGAUGCCUUGUUAAAAUCUCUUUAUUGUCGGCAAUUGUGGUCAGUGUUGUAAACAUUGUAAUUUUUUUUUGUGUAUAUAUAGCUGUGUAUUUAGUGGAUUAUAAAACAAAUAUUAUAAAGGUUAAUAGAUAUUUCAAGGCAGUUCAUAAUAAUUUUUUUUGUUUUUUUAAUGUAACCUAUAUAAAUUGUUUGAAUUUUUUAAAGCUUCUCAACAAUUAAUUAAUUGUUUGCUUGGACUUCUUAAGAAUCUGUAUUAAUUUUCUUGUGACUAUCUUGAGUUUUUUAAAAUUAACUCUGUUAUGUAAUUAGCAUUAGUGAUAUUAAUCUUUUCUCUUAUUAUAAUUAUAAAUGAAUCUAUGAUUCUGUUGUUCCGUAAAAUAUCUUUCUUGUAAUGAAAGUGUUAGACUUAGUAACAAGUAAAUCAGUGAAAGUAAAUUGUAAUAGAAAGUAAAUUUUCAGUAAGUGUAUAGAAGAUUUAUAGGUAUUAAUAUCUAGUUAUCAAUAAACUUUUUUUUACUGUU